AUGGAUCGCGCAAGGAAGCGCGAACUGCGCACUUUGAACGAAAAGGCCUGGGAUGGCGAAUCUAACUUGUUCCCUGUUGCAAAGACUCUCGAUUCGUCUCUCAAGAAGAAUACCGCUUUCAUUAAACGACUGCGAACAGCCAUCACCGCCGCUACCCUCAGUACCUUCCUCCAGGAAAUCCGAACUUUGAGCCUACACAAGUACCUUUCCGAGAUCAUAUCUGCUUGCUAUGAGGGGCUAUGCCGACUCAAGUCGCCUGGCGAGAUCGAGGCCGGCGUGGAGAUUGUCAGUGCUCUCCAUCAGCGAUUUGGUCCUCACGAGUUUACGGAAUACUUAGCUUGGCUUCUCGGAAAAGGGAUGGCAACUCCGGAUAAGGGUAUCCUCAAAGCUCUGGCACUAGAGGUUCGUGAGAAAGAAGAGAAGGAGCGCAUCACAAGACAACGCGCACUGCUUCGUGUAGUGACCGAGUUGUGGCUUGUUGGCGUCAUCAGGACCCUUGACGAUGUCAGCAAGCCCGACGAUGCAACAAAAGGAGCCGCAGGCAAGAUCCCCGAACUGAAGACCCGAACGAACAAAGGCACCGGCGCGGAACCGUUCCCUCUCGAAGUACUUAAGGAUUUGCUUGGACACGACCGCGAACAUGCCAACCUUCCGCUUCUUGUCAUCUUUGUCAAGUCAUUCAGCUGGGAUAUCCUUGGGGUAAAACCAACAGGCGCUGAUGGCCGAAAGACAGUAGAGGAAGAUGGCACUACUGAAGGAAACGAAGCCGAGGAUGGCAAUGGUGGAAAUGAGGCGUCUCCUGACGCAGAUCAGCCUUUUACCGAACCCGAAAUGCGUGAUCGAUUCAGAAGCAUAUUGAAGAAGUAUUUUGAUGAUGUUAAGGGCCAUAUCACUCGGGAUCAGAAGUCGAUACAGUCGCAAGCUCGACGUAAUGCCGAAGUAUAUGUGAAGUCUGGUGAAGUCUUUGAAGACCGACAGGCGAACUAUGAGAAGCAGGUCAAGGCUCAAGAACGCCUCGUCUCCAACGCACAGGUUAUUGCGGACGCAAUUGGGGCCGAAAUGCCGGACCUCAAAGACUCAGAUGAUUCAUUCGCCGCUUCCAACGGGUCUAUCGGUCUCGUCAAAACUGGCGAUUAUCUUCGUUCCAUGGGAGAUGGUGCCGGAAUCUGGGAGGAUGAAGAUGAGCGACGCUUUUACGAAAAUCUGGUUGAUCUUAAAGGCAAGGUGCCAGCUAUUUUACUGGAGGACGGCAAAAAGAAGAAGACAGACACGGACGAACAAGUUGGGAAGAAGGCAGACCCAUCCGAGGCCUCGGAAGCCCCCAAGACUGCCGAGACUGCUGAUGACCAGUCCACAUCUAUCGCUAACCGAACCAUUGGAGCGCAAGUCGAUGCUCUGCUUGCGCGUCUACCAGAGUUGACCAACAAGGACAUCGCAGACCAGACAGCUAUCGAUUUCUGCUUCCUGAAUUCCAAGGCUUCUCGCAACCGACUGGUGAAGGCCCUGACGGAAGUUCCAAAGGGCCGUAGCGACUUACUCCCGUCAUGGUCUCGCCUUGUGGCGACUUUGGGUCGAUAUAUGCCAGAUGUUCCAAAAGGCCUGGUCGAUUACCUUGAUGCGGAAUUUCGAAGCCUUCAACGACGAAAGGAAAAGGACUUCUUGGGACAAGUCCGUCUGAGCAACAUACGGUAUCUUGCUGAGUUGACAAAAUUCGGCAUUGUGCCCGAGCAUGUUGUCUUUCAUUGUCUGAAAGUCAGCCUCGAUGACUUUUCACGCAUGAACAUUGAGAUCUUGUGCAACCUCAUUGAGAACUGCGGCCGGUAUCUCCUUCGAAACCCUGAAACAGCUCCUCGUAUGACGAGUUUUCUUGAAACUCUGCAGCGCAAGAAGUCCGUCCAGCAUAUUGGACAACCAGAGCGGAUGCUCAUCGAUAACGCUGUUUACUACGUCGACCCACCAGAGCGUUUAGCUAUCGAGCAGAAGGAACGCACUCCCAUGGAGCUAUUUGUUCGCAAAAUGAUCUAUGUUGAUAUGACAAAGAGAAAUUACAGCAAGAUCUUGAAGCAGAUUCGAAGGCUCCACUGGGAGGAGACAGAGGUUGUCGCCAUCUUGGAGAAGGUGUUCUCAAAGCCUGGAAAGGUCAAGUACGGAAACGUUCACCUUCUUGGUAUCUUGCUCAGCGCGCUCUAUCGCUACCAUCCUGCCUUUGUGGUCAAGGUUAUCGAUAACGUGAUCGAGUCUAUGACGUUUGGUCUCGAGCAGAAUGAUUAUAGGUUCUAUCAGCGACGUAUUGCCGAAGUCAAGUAUCUUGGCGAGCUUUAUAAUUACCGUAUGCUUGAACAUCCUGUUAUCUUUGACACCAUGUACAAGAUUAUGACAUUCGGAUAUGGCGGCCCACCUGUUCCUGGUAAAUAUAUUCCACUCGAUCCUCCCGAUGACUUCUUCCGCAUCCGACUUGUAUCUACAAUGCUGGAAACCUGCGGCAUGUUCUUCAACCGCGGAGCAGCGGGCAAGAAGUUGGAUUACUUCCUUUCAUUCUUCCAGUAUUACAUCUUCACUAAAGUGUCCCUGCCAAUGGAUAUCGAGUUUUUGGUUCAAGACACAUUUGCUCUGACUCGGCCACAAUGGAAACUUGCCACAAGCUUGGAUGAGGCCGUAAAAGCCUUCCAACUUGCCGUUGCUCAAGACCAGAAGUCGGCAGGCGUUGACAAGGGAAUCGACGUGGAUGAUGCCACAAGCGAUGCUUCGUCGGACGAUGACAACGUGGACAAUGAUGAAGAUGGCGACGACAACGAAGACAGUGCUUCUGAGGAAGAGGAGGCAGAGGACGUAGAGGAAGAUUCCGACGACGACAGUACCUUUGACGAGGAAGCCAUCGUAGUCACUCGACAAGAGGAGGAAGUUGACCCUGAGGAUGAGGCUGAUUUUGAGCGCGAGUAUGCCAAGAUGAUGGCUGAAAGUCUCGAGUCGCGCAAGUUUGAGCGCAAGCAGCUCUUUGAUGUGCCACUUCCAGUUCGGUCCAAACAUCGCGAGGCCACAUCAACAGAGGGAGGCGAAGGAGAAUCUCCUCCUGGCCAUACUAUGGCGUUCUCCUUAUUGACGAAGAAGGGCAACCGCCAGCAGACACGGACGGUCGAACUGCCCUCCGAUUCUACCUUUGCUAUUGCAAUGAAGAACCAGCAACAGGCUGAAAGGGAGGAACAACAGCGCAUCAAGAAUUUGGUGCUCAACUAUGAUCUUCAGCAGAAUGAAGACCAGGAUGGUGGUACAGACCCUCAACCCACACAAAUUCAUCACAACACCGAUAUUCACACAUUAAUUCAGGCAACGAACGACCGGCGACGUUCUACCACAAUCGGUUGGAGAGAUCGAACAAGGAUAAGAGCCAAAGAUCUCGUAAACUCCAACUGA